AUGAAGACAAAGACGACCUUCUUGUCAACGACCGUGGCGCCUUCUACAUGCGAUGAGAGAGCUCUUGACAUUAGAGACAACGACCUUCUUCUAUUGUCUAGCCAUUCUGCCACUUCUCGCUCUUCCAAAGCUUUUCAUUGUGCUACAAUCGACGUUACUGCGCAUCGCUUUCCAUUCUGCCUCGUAUGGUCUCCCAUUCCCAUUUUAACGUGGUUUCUGCCGUUUAUUGGACAUUUAGGCAUUGCAGAUAGUAAAGGGGUCAUCUUUGACUUUGCCGGGCCCUACACUAUUGGUCGCAAUGCUUUCGCGUUUGGAGCUCCUACCCGGUAUUUACAGUGCCAAGUAGAAGCUGAAGAUGUAUUCAAGUGGGACAAAGCAGUGGCAGCAGGCUGUGAGAUCUACGAGAAGAGGAUGCACAAUUUGUGCUGUGACAACUGCCACUCUCAUGUGGCCGUGUGUUUAGAGCACGCACACUAUGGAGGGCGUAAGAAGUGGAACAUGGUGCAGCUCUGCUUGUGGAUGUUUCUACGAGGGAAAUAUGUGAGCACAACAGGAUUUAUCAAAACCUGGUUGCCGUUUGUGUUUGUGCUGGCUAUGGUGGCAAUCAUGCGAUCCUCGGUGUCUGGCAAUUCCAUUCCCACGGUCUUUCAGAAUCUUCGUGAAGAAAUGCAAGAUCACUUUAGUUUUCAUCCACUGUCCGAAAUGCUUGGAUAUGCGCUAUCUCGAUAUCAAGCCCAAGUUGAAAUAAAUAACGCGCAUAAUCAUCGCCGGCUGUCUUUGUUUCCAGCUUCUUUGCUUUUGGCGGAGACCAACGUUAUGACGGAAGCUGAGAAUGAAGAGGACGAAAAUGAUGGAAUUGACUUCAGACGUCUGAGAGCAGAGCUAGACCGUUUACUAGACGAAGACCUUAAUGAAUCCGACAACGGUGAGAUUGAUGAGCCUCAAGACGAUGACACAAUCGAUGUGUAUUAUCCAAUCUACCGCCCGAGUAGCAAGAUCAAAAUCUUUAGAGCUGACAGGAUGAGCCGUUCGCUGUAA